AUGGCUCCUUCUGGAAGGACAAGAAAGACAAGAAGAAGAAGAAGAAGCAAUUUGAAGAAGAAGCAUGAGUCAACAAGCUACUUGAUUUCAUCCAAAGAUUCAGAUUCAGAGGUGGUAAUUAGUAGCAGCAGUGUUUGCUCAACUCCAAAAGGUGACAAGUUUCGGAUACCAGAGAUUUCAACAUGCCCUCCUCCUCCAAAGAAGCCAAGGAUUCUUACAACAAAUUCUUCUUUGCGCAAAUCAUUAUCAUUCUUUCAACCUCCACAAGACCUUGAUGAUGUCUUUUUCUGCCUUGCACUAUCAACAGAUCUUUCUUUUCCUUUUGUUUUCUAA